AUGGAGGAGGUGGUGAAGAGACGGCCCAUAAUCUCUGCCAGAGAAAGAGGUCCGGGCCCUGGACGCUACGCUCUGCCCCCUACAGUUGGAUACAUCAACCAUGACUUCACCAAACCCAGCAGCCCUGCAUAUUCCUUCCACAUCCGCAACAGCAUGGUCUCUGUGGACUCCAGCCCAGGACCAAGGUACCACGUUGACGCAAAGGUCACCCGCUUUGGCCGAAUGGAGACGCCCUCCUACUCUAUUUUGGGCCGAGGAAGGAGCACAGGAAGUAAAGGGGAGCUGUUCCCGACUCCAGGACCCGGGGCCUACAGCCCAGAAAAGGCUCCACCUCUCAAUGCUCACAGCCGACCUCCAUCCUACACCAUCGGCAGCCGCACCAGAUACCGCUCUGUGGACGCUGUACCAGCCCCCAACAGCUACAGUCUCCCAAAUCUGCUCGGUUGCCACGUUCCUAACAAACCCUCCAGUAACAGCUUCAGCUUCUCAGGCCGCAGGAAGGUCGGCGCUCCCUCUGAGGAUCUCUCCAUGAGCCCGGGACCAGGAAAAUACAACAGCACCAACCCAGACAUUUACCGCCAGCGCCAGCCCUCCUUCACCAUGCAGAGCCGCACCAAGCGGCCCAGUUAUUCUGCGACCAUUCCCGGCCCGGGAGCGUACAGCCCGGAGAAGUUUCACGUGCACCUUCCCAAACCCCCGUCCUUCACUCUGGGGGUCAGACACUCUGAGUUUGUCACCCCGCUCGUGCUGGAUGUAGUCGACUGA